AUGGCACCCACCACACUCCCGAAGAUCAACUGGACUGCCGGCAACCACCUUCUCACAUGGCAACUUCUGGCUGAGGUGGAGAAGGAGGAGAAUCGAAAGGUUCUAUUUGGGAAAAGGGGCGACCAGAACUCAUCUGCUGAACAUAAGAUAUCCGUUGUGAAGAGUAUAGCGGCUGCGGUUGUCCCGGAUCUGUAUGCCCUGGAUGCCACAGUUGCUGGUGACCGUGUGAAGUCAAAGAUUGCAUCUAUUACAGAACAAAUUGAGCGGGAUUGGCCGUUCUUCCCCCGCUUCCAUCGCCUCUUGUCAACGCGCCCCAACGUUCUCCCCGUUGCAAUCACCACAGGUGUUGGCCCACAGGGCGAGUCUACGGUCUAUUUUCAGGGCCGACCACCGACGUCAGGCUCUCAGGGAGCAGCACAAGUAAUCACAGACGAUGUGAUUGACCCUGCACUUCGUUCCGUCGAUAUGAAUCAAGUUCGCACACCGCCUACGCCUCCCCCGACUCAGCAGUCUUUGCCGCCCGCUUCCGCAUCGGUGCCCAAGACACCGACUUCGACCCAAGCCACCGGGCAGGACAAGCUCAAUCUUGCCAUGCAGAAGGCGAGCGCGUCAAUCAAGCCGCUGUCGAAAAAGCGCACAUGGGAAGACAGCUUUAUGAGUAUUACCGAGAAGAACAUGGAGCUCGUGCAGACCCGUAUGAAGGAGGAACGGGAGGAGAAGCGGGCGCAUCUACGGAUCAAAGAGCGUGAGCAGUAUCUGGCAGAGUACAGGGAGGGUUUGAUCUCCAGGGAGGAAUGGCAGGCGCUGGUGUCGGGUGAGCGUUCUGCUUCAUUGGGCGAGCAUUCUGCUUCAUUGUCUCCUCCUCCUCGCCGUGCACGCCAGCAGUCACCGCGUUGGGACAUUGAGGAGGAUGACUGA